CCCCCCCCCCCCCCGCCCCGAAACCAAAUCGAAACCCGGACAAGCCCCAGGUAGGAAUACCUCUCACAUCCCGAACAAGAACCCAGGACUUUUCAAAUCCAGACAUCCCACCCAAAAGAAAGCCGACCGCAGCAACAACCCCCAAACCCCACUAAACGAAACCGGAAAGUAGCAGCAACCCACCCACCACCAAAUAAAAAUCCCGGAAAGAGAUCCGCCGCCUUUCCCUCUUACAAUGAAGAACCCGGACAGGAGCCACAACACGUCUCUCUCCUAAAAUCCGGAUAAGCAUUCGCAUCUAAGCCUCGUCUCCCUCCCCAAAACUAGGACAGCAUUGCUGCAACUCCCCUUUCUCCUCCAAACCAGAAUAGACCCCCAUUCAGGGAGGAGCGAUUCCACCUUAGUCUGUUAACAAGACGGAUCAUGUUCUGUUGUCGCCUCUAGAGACGCAAUCAAGCCGCCUUACUUGGGGAAGCUCCCGGUUGUUACCGAGUGGUUUGCACUGGUUGCGUUUCUGUCUAAGCUUUAAUUUAAACGGGCGGCGAGGUCCAGGCGACUGUCGACCCACAUCGAGUUUUAUUUUGAAACUCCAGCCAAGUGGUGUUUGCGAAGCGGGAAGCAGCAGAUGUUUGGCGGGAUUGGGCCCGGGGCCCAAGCUGAGUGAUAUAGCUCUCUACUCGUCAUUAAUCGCGAAAUAAAUUUCAUCUCCGGUAGCGAAUAAAAUCUGCUGGAGGAGAAUGGAAGUACCGGUGAAUGUAGCGGCAGGCGGCAGUGCCUGGCAACCUGGGACUGCCAGCAGAGUCAGAAUUUCGGUGCAGAAGUUGCGUGAAGUUACUUCCCCGUCCGCUGCUGAAGAGCCAGUUUACAUUCCACCCGCUCUGCUAGUGAAUAAACCGUGGGGCAACAAAAACACAUCCGAUGGAAAUGUGUCAGGAGGAACAUCAGCAGAUGAAUAUGACCUUCGAACAAAAUCAAGUGUUCAGCAAACUCAAGGAGAAAGCAACCAUACAUUACAAACAUGGCAGCAUUCAAGUUCAAAUCAUCAGCAAGUAAUUGCAGGACAUGUUCCAACAGAGCCAGGAGAUGGCAGCAGACACGAAGGAAAUGAUGUUUUGAUUUCCCGGUAUACUAAAGGACAGAAAGAAGCAAAGAAAGCUAUUGUCAAGAGUAAGAUGCAGAAAAGCCCAAUAGGGAAGAAGGUCAAAGUACAGCUACUGCACAAAUCUUCUGUCACAGACUUGGAUUCUUUUACACGUGAUGAGAAAGAGAUCCAUCAUCACUUCAAUUCUGUCACAACUACAGCAGCUGCAACUGCAGCAGCCGUUGUUGCCACUGCACCUCUCCUUAAGGCGCAGAGUGAUCUUGAUGCUAAGCUUUCUACUGUGGUUGAUUUGGGGACUAAACUCCAGGAAAUGGAUCAGCAGAUGAAACAGGUUGUCGAGCAUCAAGUAAAGGCUCGGGCUCAGGAUUCAGGCUCCAAGGAACAGCAAGAAAGAGUCCGAGAACUGGAGACGCAGUUGAACACGUUCUUGAAUCAACGACUUUGCCAUUUGGAGAAAUUUCAAGAACAGCAACUUGAACUUCAGUCGCGAAUAUUGACUUCAGCAUUCACAAUGAGCAACAUCCAUCCUGUUGAUGCAGCUCCAACACGUUCUGACAAUGUGACACUGAGUUCAGCAGCACAUUGUAAUCAGUCUGUGAAUCAAGGCCUCCAGCAGUUGCCAAGCAACAACAUCCAUUACGUUUCUCAUGGAGAUGUGCCAUCUGACUCCUCUGCAACACUACUGGCUUGUCGAAGUCAUCCUGUUAGUAAUGGAUUUGACAUGGGAGGUUCUCUGCAGACUCCUGCUCCUCGUCAGUUCGCCCCUGUGCCAAUGUCUAAGGAUGUUCAAGUUCAGCAAAAGAAGGCAAAGUCUGCCAUUCAGAAGGCCAAAGUGGAUGCAGUGAUUUCUUUAGGUAGACAAGGAAAUAGGAAUUUUUUUGAAGAGCUUCUAAAUAAUCAAGAAACUCCAGCGAGUGCGAUUGAUACUGUAGAGAAGACCAGUGUUGCUAUGACAACUGCAGGCAGACAUCCAGACAGGUCCAGCUGUGGCAACCCGCUGACUGAAUCGUUUACAGCCUUUGUAGCCCCCUCUAUGGGUUCUGGAUCAGCGGCUAGCAAAGUCAGCCCAGCUGUACAGAAAGCCACUGAUGUGCUGCGUGACCUUGGUAGACUGAAGAGAGAAAUGCAUGGAAUUCUACAGGAGGCAGAGCAUUGGCAAUCUCAGCUGCAAGGCAUAGAGAGUGCCAAGCAGAGUAACAGCCACAAGUCUAUUGGCUCAGCAUCUCUGCAACAUCAUCUGCUCAAACAGCCUACCUGUAUUGGCAGACAGAUAAACACCAAUCACUCUCAGAAGCCUUCACUGCUUCAAUCCGUAAAAGUACCAAAAUCAAUGUUUGAAGACGCUGAAAGAAUUCUGCGUGAGGUGCAAACUAAUAAGAAAUUCAUUGAAGAAAAUCUGCAAGCAAUUGUUCGAGCAAAGGACAGCGCUUCUGUAUAUUCAUUAAUUGAUUCUCUGGAUGCAGACAGUUCCGCUGCAGAGAAGAUCCGUAUUGGAAAGACUGUUGAUGCCUGGAUCGCUAUUAUUAAUCAGGACAUACAGGAUGAAAUUGCAAAAACGAAUUUUCUUCAGAAAGUUUCAUCAAACCAACAGAAACGGGAGCAGAGUUUAAUGAGUAAAGGAGGUGAUGUCAAGGCUAUCAAAUUCAAUGAAAAUGUGAAGGAUAAAAGCCAAAAUGAACCAGAGCCAACAACGAAGAGGUCCUUGAGCACAGAAAGGUCUCUGCAAAAACAGCGUAAGGAGCCUUGUGGAAGUAAAAAUCUGAAAAGCAAGGCUGUUAUGCCGUCUUCGUUGCAGAAGAAGUACGGGUCAAAGAUAUCUGCUAAUCUGGAUGGAAUUACUUUGAGUGAUCCAGUUUCGCAAAGUGAAGACUACCUUGGAAGAGUGUAUGGAAAGGCAGUUUAUCAGGGACAUCGUAGAACUUACAAAAAAGGUCCAUAUCUGAAGUUGAACUCUCCUAUACCUAAAUCCAAACCACAAAGGCCCAAAGUGAUUGAGAGUAUUAAGGGUGUCAAGAUGAAAUCCACAAGAACUCAAACUGCAUCAUCGACACUCGAGAAAGCCAUAACCACCCAAGGGAGAGAGCAGCAAAUUUCUGUUCCAGAUUUUCAGAGCAGCCAAUACUUGUUUAGUCCAUCACACCAGAUACCGUCAACAUCACCUAUUUCAGGCCCAAUUGAAGGACAACUUGUCCCAAUGGCUGUUGCCCUAGGUGAACCACGGAUUGAUGACCGUGUUCCACAAGCAGCAGAUUUGAUUAUCAGCAGUGCACCCUCCGUCAUACCCAUCUCAGCUCCCUCAUCUCCUCCAAAACAAGAGCUUCAAGGGAAAAAAUCCAACAUUGCUGUUGUACACAUGAAAUCUGAAAAGAGGGACCCAGUCAAGUUAACUGUACAGGUACUGCCAAAUGUAGAUAUUGAUAGCCUUCCCAGUACCAGUCCUGUACUGAGCCAGAGAUCAUCAAGCCCUGAGCAGCAGCAGGCUUUGCCCCAUCCUGUACAAACUGUGAUACAGUCACAAGAGGCAGUCCAAAGUGAGGAAGGAGAUAUUACUGAUUUUCCAGGGACCAGUUAUGUUGCUGUUGCAGAUUUACCAAAGGAUCCAGGGACUGAUAUAGAACUUCAAGGAUUACCUGAACCAGGUAUACGGCUAGAAGGUUUUGCUGAGUCCAUCUCUGUCACAUACAAUGGUCCACCAUUUCCUCCCUCUGUUCCUGCUCGUCAAGAAGCUAUUGAUAUUGUAGACAGAAUGAUUAAAUCCCAGGAAUCCAUUGAAAACCAGUUGGUUGAGUGGGUUGAACAAGAGGUCAUGUCCCAUAUCAUUAGUGAGAUGUAUCCCUUACAGCAUCAGCCUGUGUCACACAUCAGUCAACCUGAGGAUGAGGAGAAUGCAUCAUUGGGCUCAGAUGUUGUUGAAUUGGUCGGUGGAGGAGACCUCCAGCUGUUUGUUGAUGCAGGCAUUCCAGUGAAUACUCAAAUCGUUCGACAGUUUGUAGAUGAAGCUCUUGCCGAGAUUAUUGCCAUCAUGCUAGGCCAGCACCAGAGUGAAAGCAGAACUCCUAUCCAAGAAGUUGCUCCGAGAGAAACACCUUCGCCAACGAUGUUGAUCCCAACACCAGAUCCAACCCCACGACACACUCCAUCGCCUCCUGUUCAACACCUGUCCUUGAUCCAGACACCAGAUGUUACACCCCAGGAUUCUGUAGCAGUAUCAGAAGAGAGAGAAUCAGAGCCUGAACCAGAACUAGAACCUUUACAGAAAUCGUCUCCAGUCUUAGAUGCUGCAGGACUGAAAUCUCCAGGAAAAUCAAGUCCUAUUGGUACUCCUGUUGCCACACCAUUCUCUACUCCCUCAAGAGUGUCAACACCAUCACCAGUGGCAGAAACUAUCUCUGGGAAGAUAAAGAAUGCAAACAUACUGCCUUCACAACGAUUUCCAAAUCCCUGGGGAGACGUAGAGCUCCCUCUGGAGGAAGAAAAUCCCAGCUCAAUUCAAGAAACAACACGACAGGCAAGAGCUAUUGUUAUGUCGGUAGCUAAGGAUGAAGAUCCCGAGAGUUUGGCCCUACCACUACAUGCUGUCACUCCCAUAAUUCCAGCUCCAUCUCUGCCAGAUGUACAAAUUCCAACAGCCCCUGUUCAAUCGCUGACUCCACUCCUAUCGACAGAAGGAAGUAGCUCGACAAUCUCCAUCACUGAAACGGAGACCGCUGACCGAAACAUCUCUGAAGGAGAGAUCCUCAUAAACUACAGGCAAAUGGCUGCAGCAAAAGCAUUAAUCGAAGAAGGUAUCUACUUUCCAAACUUCAAUGUUAGUCUGUCUAGUACACUACAGGAUGCUCGAGAAAUGGAUGAAGAUCCUCCCAGUGAAGGACAAGUAAUCUCAAAGACUCAUAAGGGAUUGCAAAAAUACUCACUUGGCACAAUGUUGGCACAAGUCAGUCAAGGUCCUUACGCCCCACAAGAAGUACAUCAUCCUGAGGACUCUGAUGACGAUAGUAGUGCGGGGCAGGUCAGUGAAGGCCAGAUGCCCAGAUUUACUGGAGCAGCAGAAAGCAUCAUGACUGGACAGUCACAAUACAGAAGUUCUCGAUCAAUGAAUAGAGGUUCAAGCUUAUCACGAAGAGGACGCUCUCCAUCACCAGGACAGUUUGAUAUUCAUAAAGAGGGAAAUGGAUGGGAGCUUGAUGCCAGCUAUGGACCUAUGACCUUGGCAGAUCUCGAAACAUGUCCAAUCCCAGCGCUUCCCAACAGUCAAGCGUUCCAGAAGACCCCAAAAGCAAGAGAUAAGGGACAGGAUGAUGACAUACCAGCGUUGGAGCAAAAACCAGCAACUGCACGAGUGAUAAAAGUUGAAAGUAGAACUCCAGAUGCCACACAACAAAGUACCAAGGCUGACAAGUCUUCUGAACUUCAAGCAACUCCUUUGAAAAUGUCUGUAACGUUACCGUCCAUGAAUGAAGAGGAGCAGUCUGGCAGCAUCAGUGCUAUAAAUGAUGAUGAUGAUGAUGAUGAUACUUCUGGGGCUGAGAUAUUUUAAACCUUAACAUUCUUAUAAAAAUCUUUUGUUAUUUAUACAAAUUUUCUAGAGAGUAUUUUGGAACAUUAUCUUCAAUUUUUUAAUUCUAAUUUUUGAUGAUUCUAAUUUAUGUUUGUUGUAACACAUGAUGGCUAAA